CAAACCGGAAGUCCAAACGUCAUAGUUUCCACUAUGGCGGAAGGGAUUGAUGUAAACAUCAUAAUGAACAUGCGAUCCUUAUUAGCUCUACUGUGUUUAGUUUUAUCGGUUCAGAGUGUUAGUGGAUGGAUUCACCACUUAAAGCUUGUUAACGAUGAACGUAGGCACAUUGCCCUCACCACCAGCUUUGGCUUUCUUCAAGGCGGGACCCUAGACGUCAACGUGACACUUUUCUCCUAUCACGGCACGCAUCAAAAUGAAACAAAUGCCAACUCUCCACAGUGCAAGUGGGGGGACCCGGGCAAGUCAGUCCAGUCUGUGUCCUUCCGAUUUGAUCUCCCCAAUCAGAGAAUCCUCAUAGACCGCCUCGGAGCAGAGGUUAAAAACUUGACGGUGACAGACACAAAGCGGACACUGUACCUGUACCAGCACGGGCUGGCUCAUGGGGAGGGGCCAGUGGCAGCCCCGAAACCAGCACCAACUCCUGCGUCGGAAACCAGCCCAACAGAUGUGACCGCUGCCGGGGCUGAUGGGGGAGGGAAGAAGACCACAGUGGCUACAAAAGAAGGCGGGGCGAGGAAGCGGAGAGAUGCCACAACUGAGGCGACCGCAGGAAAAGAAACAACGGUUGAUGACAAAGACAGAAAAGCGAACGGCGAGAAAGAUAAGAAAAAUGAGAAAGAUGAGAAAGACAAGGGAGGCACGCCUGCAGCUGGAGAGGGGAAGAAGACCGACGCAGCGGGUGCUGUGGCUGAGGCUACGAGUAAGGCUGUUGCUCCGACAACCAAUCCCGCGGAACAGAUGGAGCCGCAGUGGCUGCCCAUGACGAGGGAGCAGCUCCCCACAGGAGGUUACGUCUACAGGACCCAUUUCCUGGUGCACAUCAAGACUGUGGCAGAGGAAGGCCUCUACAGCUUCUUCUUCCACAACUGUAUGCACAAGUACCAGUCGCCCGUCAACCUCUCCCUGGACAUCGUUCAGGACAACAACGGCAACUACCUGUCGGCCGGGGAGAUGCCCAUCCCUGCCAUGUACUUUGUCAUGAGCAUCGUCUUCUUCAUCCUCACCGUGGCCUGGUUCUCCGUGCUGCGGAAGGCUGACAUGCGAGGCGCCCUCAUGUUCCUGACCAUCCUGCUGAUCGGUGCGGGCUGGGUGUUCAUCAAGCAUGUGUUCACCGAUCGUGAGAAGAAGCUGUUCCUGAUCGUUAUCCCCCUACAGAUCCUGGACAAUGUGGCGUGGGUGAUCAUGGAAGAGAGUGAGGAGGGGAACUCGUCUUACGACACCUGGCACAAGAUCUUCAUCGGGGUCGACCUGCUGUGCUGCUUCACCAUCUUCUUCCCCGUCAUCUGGUCGAUCAGACAUCUGCAGGAAGCCUCAAAGACAGACGGGAAGGCGGCCAUGAACCUUGUCAAGCUGAAGCUGUUCCGACACUACUACUUCCUGGUGACCUUGCCCUUCCACUACGGCUGGCUGGAGAACGUGUUCACUGAGACCUUCCUCCUCAUCUUCUUCGUGCUGAUUGGCUACAAGUUCCAGCCAAUGAGCGACAACCCGUACCUUCAAGUGCCCCAGGACAGCGACGAGGAGAUAGAGAUGGAGGAAGUUCUGACCAAGACGGGCUCCACAGAGACAGUGGUGCGUGUGAACCAGGGCCGGGGGGAGGAGGAAGGUGGGAGCUCCACGGCAGUCACCGUCAAGCAGCGAGAGAGCAGCCACGAGUACGACUGAGCGGGAAACUCUGGCCUUGGACACACUCAACUCAACUCAACUCGCUCUACUCUGUGAUGGAAAAAAAUAUAUGUAUAUAUAUCGUCGCGCUCAUAACAUAAGUUCGCAAAUCGUUUUUUAAAAAUAUUUUUUUUUAGUAGAGGGUUUUACGGCGCUCGCAACUGGAUAAGGUCAUAUGAGCGCCUAUAAAUGGUUUUUGGCCGGUUCUAACUUUUUUGGUUCUGAAAUGAAGAGCAGAGCUAGCUUGUGGUAAUAUAGUCCACUUGGACAAAAGAAUGAUCAUGGCACUCAUAUGACCUUAUGCAGUUGUGAGCGCUGCAAAAACUUUACUAAAACUAAAACUAAAAGAAGAAUCCAAAUAGAAAAUCCGCUGAGUGUACCAAAAUUCCAGCGUUUCCUGGAGUCAAUUGUUCGAAAGAAACCUUUUUUUAUUUCUCAUUUUUUCAGUAUGGCUAAAAAUGACUGAAGCAUUUAUCUUAUGUGCGUGGCGAUAUAAAUUCGCGUUGUGUAUUUUUAACUGUCGGGGGCAGGUGGCUGGAGGGUGCCACUGGCUGGUCCUACUUCUUUACUUUCCGUCUGUUGUUUCUGUCUGUCUGUCUUAC